AUGAUGGAAAUCGAUCUCUCUCUUAAUUCCGUCUCGCUGGUGGCUGCUCUUGGGGUGUCCGCAUAUCUUGUCGACCAAUGCAUUACUCCGCCAAAUCCUGCACCUUCGGCUUCUAUCGAGUAUGGCAAUGAUUCCAUGCAGGUCAUUCACAAGUUAGAGCUUCUUCGCCCGUGGGCGUUUCUUGUUUGGUUUCUCCACUACGCUCUCAUUCUCUUUCCCCACAACAGAGAAAGUAUUUGCCUGAACCCAGAUCUGCUUAACGAGGACCUUUAUACCUGGAAUAAGACAACAAUUAUAUACAUUUUGGUGAUCUUAGUGGCUGCUACCAGCAGAGUCGCUGCCUAUGCCCAACUUGGGAAAAACUUUACGUAUCGUCUCGCUACACCAUCUGGACUCAUAAAAACUGGAUUCUACGCAUACGUGCAGCAUCCAUCAUACACCGCUCUUCUAGCUGUUGCUUCAGUAAACGGCUUCACUAUGCUACGAUUUGACGGAACACUAGCCUGCUUACUCCCAAGAUGGAUAUCAAGCAUCUCAUGGCACCCUAUCGUUGGUGUUAUUGUAACAGCUGCUGCCAUUUUUGGCCUCUACUGUCGGGUUCGAGACGAAGAAACUAUGAUGAAGAAGGAGUUUGGUAAGGAGUGGGAGGACUGGAACAAAAGCACCAAAAAGUUUAUCCCUUUUAUCAUCUAA